AUGGCAGGCAAAAAGAAAAGGAAACAGAGACCAUCACGACUGCUCGGUCCGAUCGUCCUUUCGGAAACUGCAACCUUGAAUAAAGAAUUGCCACUCAGCCCUCGUCAAACUUCGCCCCUUGAAGAAACAAUCAGUAUAACGAAAGAAUUUCUAGAUUCUGAUCCUGUUUCCCUUCAAGUUGCUCAAACGGGACGUUCGUUUAGGAUCCAUCGAAGGCUGCUCCAAGCAAAGGCCCCACCAUUAAUUGCAGCCUUGGACAGUAAUCUCAAGGAAGGCCAGAGUGGCGUGUAUGAAUUUCAAGAGGUGGCUGAGGGCACAAUUGCGCGAUUUAUUGAAUGGGCAUACCGAGGCGAUUAUCCCGCCAUAAUCAGCGGAACCAACAUUCAGACUCCAACUUUGCUGGAAAGCACGGGGACAGAUAUUGACAAGAAGCCUGCAAGCACUACUCCCGAAACCGACUUCACGUCAGAGAACCACCCUCUUGUUACUUACCUUGUUCCCAAUCUUCAACUGCUGGCUUUUGAAAAGGUGACUGCUUGCUUAACGGACUUAGACAUACCGAACAGUCUUGAGACACAAUUCGCAGUAAUUGAUGCUUUAUGGCUCUCCUUUCUCAGGCUCCCGCAACACGAUAAAUUGUUAGACUGGUUGGCUCAGUACGCUGCAUAUUGCCUAGACAAGCUCCGGGUACAGGGUCCAUUUCAUGAUCUCCUUAAAGAGUUCCCGACCUUGAGCUCCCGCAUGAUACUGUUUCUGGGGCCAGCAUCGUCUCCACCAUGGCAGACUACACCACCAAAAUACCCAUUUAUACAAUACUCUGCUAAAUGGCCGGAAGACAAAUGUGAUAUCUAG